UUCUAGAAACAUUUACUCGUAUUAUCUUAUAUCACCGUACCUAGUUAUUCAGAUUCCUUUUUUCUUCUUCCCAAAUUAGAUCUGCGUUUUUAGGUUAAGAAUCCUUCGUCUCCUUUUCUUCUUUUGCAGAUUCUUCCCUAAAAUUCUUCUUUAUUCUUAUAAUUCUUAUUGCUGUUUCCUGUAAUUGAGGGUUUACAAUCUUUAACUACUUUCAUAGCUUUUGCAAUUAGGGUUCCAUAUCCUUUCAGAACUCAGCGGUCAGUUGAACAAGAUGUACUUUCUUGCAUCUUCAUACCAAAAUGCAGGUUUUGUGCUGGUUUUUGUAUCUAAAUGGACAACAAGAUGUUCAUCCGGUUGGUCGAGGAGAAGAAGAAGCGAGUCAUGGAGAGGAAAGAAGCGCCACUGAAAUGGGAGCAGAGAUUAGAAGCGGCUGCAAAAGCAAAAGCUGAUGCUGAGGCUAAAGAAAGGAAGAUAAAGUUGGCAAAGAAAAACAAAAAGAAGUGGGUAUCUGAUUCUGAUAGUGAUACUGAAUCUGAAAGUGGUCAUGGAGGCCGAAAGUCCAGAAAGCGAUCCCAUAAGAAGCAUAAAAGGCACACACAUUUUGAUUCAGUAGAUGAGAAGAGGGAGAAGAAAUCCAAGCGCAAAUCUAGGAGACACUCAUCAGACUCUAGUGACAGCAGUGAUUAUUAUGACAGUGUCUCUGAAGAUGACAGGAGAAGAAGGAAGCGAUCUCAGAGAAAGUAUGGUCGACGUGAUUCUGGUUCUGCCGAUUCUUCUUCCGAUGAAGACGCUGCUGUGAGGAGAUCUCACAAAAGGCACCACAAACGCCACAAAAGGUCAGACAGUGAAUCUUCUGAUUUCUCUGAGGAGGACGCUCGAAGGAGAUCCAAGCACCACAAGCGUCAUCGUAGAUCCAGGUCGAAUGACUUGAGAUCUUCUAGUGAUGAUGGCUAUUUGGAAAGGAGGAAAACUCACAGGAAUGACAGAAGAAGCAACUCACUAGGAAAACCAUCCGAUGAUCAAGGUAGACACAAGAAGGAUGAUUACUACCAUCAUCACAAUGACAUUCAUGAAAACAAUGGGAUUGCCAAAAUAACAACAGUUUCGGGUAAUCCGCCACUCGAAGCAAAUGGUGAUAGUUUGCAGCAUGAAAAACCGAAGUAAUAAUGGCCAUGUCAACUACUCCAAGCAAGAAGCAGGCAAAGAGGCUAAAGGGCAUGAAAAUCAAGUGACUCAGUAAAGAAUGAUCCUUACUAGUGAAUGCUUGACGAUUAUUGACUACAUUUUACUAUCGACGGGAAUAGGAUUCCUGUCGAAUUGUUUUAACAUUAUGAUUUGUGUUAUCUUGCUUACAAAACAUCGUUUUCGUUUUAGUUUGGAGCUAUUCCGCGCUUGGGGAAGUAAUUUCCCUUUGCUUCAAAUUGUUUUAUGCUGAGUUCAUUGUCACAAUUGACUUUUAAGUUGCGAUUUCAAAUUUCUUGAUGGUAUUGGAUA